AUGUAAACUAUCAGUAAUGUAGGCACUGAUCCCAUGGUAGCUGGCAUUAAUUCCAUAAGUGUAUCAUAAUUGAAUAGUGCUUAGAAUAAAAUACCUAUCUAUUUGCCAUCUCAAAUUAAGCCAGGCUUCAAGAUUCUGAAGGAUCAUUCUAUAAAAGACUUGGCCCAGCAAAGCAAGGUAGCAAUCUCUCGAACUCAAUUGAACUCCAAUAUGAGCAGUCCUAUGACAAGGAACUCUAAUAUUCCUUAGAGUGUGAUAACUAAUGCUAAAAUGGGGUCUAUUGAUUCUAGAAAUUUUAAAAUGAACAAGAAUUACCAAUUCAAGUCUCAAAUAAACUUACUUUCAAGGAAUGAAACUAUAAAUGGCUACAAGCCUAUAGCUGAGUAUUCAAACAUGGAUAGUCAGUCUUAACAGGAUUCAAGCACUGUUGUAAGAAAUUAGAAAUAUCAUCAAGAUAAGUAACUUAGAGAGGAGAGCAUGUACAGGCACAAACAGAUUGAAAUCCAAGAAAAGAAAACUAGAGAUUUACUGAAGAAGCUCACCUAGAAAUAGGUUACUAAGAAAAAGUACAAUGGAGAUGAAAGUGGAACAAUAGAUAACUAUAAUUCCAAAAAUGACGACAAUAUCAAAUCUAUUGAGAAUGAUAUAAUGAUAUCCCAUGAACAAUCAAUUGAUGAGGAACAACAGACAACUUCUAACAUCUACAGUGAUUCAAUUCUAAAGCAAAAGUAGUAGCAAGAAUACGAGUAGAGUCCGCAAAGGACUUUAAAAAAUGCCAAACUAAUACAGUCUCAGUCAGAGAGAUCAAUUACUGGAAUAUCAUAGUAUCUUGUUCAAAAUCAAAAAGUACUCCCUUCUGAUAAGUCAAGGAACAAUCAUUAUUUUAACACAAAAGAGCCAAAUACUGCAAUGGACUCUAAUAAGAGCACAAGUCUUAAGCCUAAGAGAAAUAACAAGUACAUUAUAAAGGAGAUGAAUAACUUAGAUGACAAUGAUGAACUCAUCAUGCGCUUGAAGCUCUUUGGUAAAGUUGGUGGAGAUUCAAGCAGAAAGAUUGACGCCAAGGAUGCUGAAGAAUUUCAAUAGCUUUAGCAGGACGAGGACUACAUUGAUGAGUUGGCGAAACAGUUUGAGCAAAUGACUGACUAGAAAUCAUAAAAGUAUUUCAAGGAUCACAUCAAAGACAAGAUCGCAGAUCAAUACAACUAGAUGCCAGUGAGUCUCGUUGCGCUCUCUCAAAACAGAAAGUAUAUAUUAGAACAGCUAUUCAAUAGAAAGAAUUUAUUCCCUCCUCAGAGAAGAUCCCUUGAGCUUGCUAAACUGUAGUCAAAAGAUGAAUAACAAGAGGGCGGUAUCAAAGUGUCUGAAAGCCAGCGAAACUUGCACCUGCCUCAAAUCUAAAACAGAAACUCCUAGUCUUCAGCCUAGCGAUCUAGAUUCCUGUAAGACCUACGCAACUUAUCUAUCGGUAAAUUCAAGGAGGGUUUCUUGAAACAGGAGGAUGACCAGAGAAAGAAUACUGAAGUCAAAAAGUACAAGAGCAGGGGCUAGUUCGAAAAUGUGGCUAACUUCUAUAGGUUUCUACCUCAGGAAAGGCAGAAGAAGAUAGAGAAGCAGAUCAACAGACUGCUUGACGAGAAGCAGCGAAUGUCUGAAAUGGAUCAGUAUCUGGAGUUUUACAUUAGAGAUGGGGACAAGAUAGACGAGGAGGCUGAGUAGCAAAUGGAUAGAACACAGGCUAUUAUUAAUGCGCCAAUCUUAUGA